AUGAGGACUCCUCAUGUCAUCAUUGAGCUUGGACGAGGCGUGUAUGGAGGCGGCUUCCAGCUGGAAUACGGAUCUCGAGGCCGACGAGAGGCGUUGCUCGUGUGUUAG